CAGAUAGGAGUGAGAGUGUAGGUAGAAUGGCGGCAUUGUAAGGAGCACAACGAUGACUAGCUAGCUAACGAGACUUCUAUACAUAUUCCCUCCAUCCCAUCCAUCUCGAUCCAUUCCUCCAGUUCUAAGCUCUUUGGAUCCAUGGCGGAGGAGGACGAAUGGUCGCGCAAGGCAGGGCGGGAGACUAGAGGCGGCUGGAUCUGGUGGCUGGUGGCGAUCGUCGUCGCGGCAAUCGCCAUUGGCUCCAUCGUAGGGAUCUUUGUUGCGCAGCAUCGCAAGGCGGGCGGGCGCAAUGGCGGCGGCAAUGCCGCUCCGUCCUAUCCGGCGUUGCAGCCGCUCGGAUCCGUGGAGCGCUUCUCCAAACCCUUGGAGCUCGCCAUGCGAUUCUUGGAUGCGCAGAAAUCCGGGAAGCUCCCCAAGGACAAUCCCAUUCCAUGGCGCGGCGAUUCGGCGCUGCUCGACGGCAAGGACGUGGGCCUGGAUCUCAGCAAGGGGAUGUUCGAUGCCGGAGACAACGUCAAGUUUGGAUUCCCCAUGGCCUUCACCGCCACGAUCCUGGCAUGGAGCAUCCUCGAGUAUCGAUCCGGCUACAACGCCUCGGGCCAGCUCCAAUCCGCGCUGGAAUCCCUCCAGUGGCUCACGGACUACUUCGUCGCCGCGCAUCCCUCCAAGAACGAGCUCUUCUUCCAGGUGGGCAGCCCCUCGAGCGAUCACGUCUGCUGGGAGAAGCCCGAGACCAUGGACACGCCGCGGCCGUGCCUGAGCGUCAACACCUCCAAGCCCGGCAGCGAUGUGGCGGCUGAGACCUCGGCCGCCAUGGCCGCCUCCUCGCUCGUCUUCCGGAGUGACAACUCUUCCUACGCAGACGAGCUGCUGGGCCACGCCAAGGAUCUCUUCUCCUUCGCGGAUGGCUUCCGGGGAUCUUACACCCGGAGCUUCGUCAAGGAUCAGCAGUUCUACAACUCCACCGGCUAUGGGGACGAGCUUCUCUGGGCGGCGGCGUGGCUGUAUCACGCCACUGGAGAGGAAGAGUUUCUGGAGUACGCUACUACGGGGAAAGAAGCUUCUCCCAAUGCUGGAUGGGGGAAAGCUCCUGCGUGGUUUAGCUGGGACGACAAGGUGGCUGGCUUGCAAGUGUUGUUGGCAAGGAAGCAUAUCUUCCAGCCGCAAGAAGCAAACACCAAAGUUGGCGCGGCGCUAGAUAAGUACAAAUCCACUGCUGACGAGCUCGUCUGUGCGCUGCUUCCGGAUUCACCAACAACGAGUACCAACCGAACAAGAGCGGGAAUGAUCUGGGUGAGCCAGUGGAACUCGAUUCAGCACGCUGUUAACUCGGCAUUUCUGUCCUGCCUCUACGCCGAUUACCUCUCCAGCGCUGGAAUCACAACCUUGAGCUGCUCGGGGAAGAUCUUCCAGGUGGAACAUCUUCGCGAGCUCGCCGGCUUCCAGGCCGACUAUAUUCUCGGCAAGAAUCCAAUGGGAAUGAGCUACGUUGUUGGAUAUGGCAAGAAAUACCCGCUGAGACUACACCACAGGGCAGCGUCCAUACCUUCGACCUUGAGCGAGGUGGAGUGCAAGGAAGGUUUCCAAUACUUGCACACCUCAACUCCGAAUCCAAACAUUGCCGAGGGAGCGCUCGUCGGUGGGCCUUUCCAGAACGAUAGCUUCGUGGACGACAGGGACAACUCCAUGCAAAACGAGGCCACGAGUUACAACUCUGCGGGUCUCGCAGCGCUCAUGGCUUCUCUCUUCGCCGCUGCUCCAAAGCUUCCUUCGCAGCUCCUCAUAGCACAGUGAUGCAGCGCGAUCGAAAAUUUUGGCUCGUUCACAAUGAUUUAUAGGUACGUCUUUCGUUUGUAUACCAUAUGAUUCUUAUGUAUAUAUCUUAUGGUUAUUUAACGAGUUUCACGAUCAUGGCGAGGUGUUUGCCA